AUGUCGAAUAAUAAUACGGAAGCCAAGGAGGAAAUAUUGACGAACAGAAUUUGCGGCCGCGAUACCAGACAUAAACUUGUUAAACAUAGAGCCUACACCUGCUGUCCCAUGAUGGGUAAUAAGCUGCCAGAGAAAAAUAUCUGUGGACAAAGAGGACCAAGUUUCCGAAUUGUACGUGGCAAACAGGCGAAUCUUAAUGAAUUCCCAUGGAUGGCGAUGCUUCUAUAUAAGAAACGUGGAUCUUCUGAUCCGAGACUGUUCUUCAAAUGUGGAGGCUCCCUGAUCACCAAUCGUUAUGUUCUCACCGCAAGCCACUGUAUCAGAGAUCAAUAUCAGUGGGAGCUCAAGAAAGUGCGCCUGGGAGAGCAUGAACGACGCUCCGAUCACGACUGUGUCCAGCUCUCGGAUAAAAAGAAGUGUGCUCCCCCGCAUCUGGACAUCUACGUAGAGGAAAUAAUUCUUCAUGUAGCCGAUAUCGCCCUGCUUCGACUGAAAAAGCCAGUACGCUACACGAAUGAAAUAAAACCGAUUUGCCUUCCGCCUGCCCAUAUCGACCUGAAAAACGAAGACUUGGUAGUAGCCGGUUGGGGACAAACGGAAAACGGGAAGCUCAGUAAAAUAUUAAAGCAAGCCUUUAUUAUGGAAAAUACACGUUACUGUGAAAACAGUAGACAGUUAAUGUUCGAUUCCAAGACCCAAAUAUGUGCCGGUGGUCAGGGCGGAAGGGACACCUGCUACGGCGAUUCCGGUGGACCGCUUAUGGCAUCCAGUAAGCAAGGGCACGACGAAUUCUUAUAUGUUGCCGGUAUCACAUCCUAUGGACCUCUUAAAUGUGGAGAGAUUGGCGUCUACACAAAAACAGGAGUUUAUUUCAACUGGAUAAUGAGGAACCUAAAGCCUUAA